ACGCGUCUCCAGCGCUGCAAACGUUGCCUCUCAAUGGACAGAAAUGACAGCUAAAGCGCCGCAGCCAUUAGACAAACAGCUCCAGGACAGCCUAUGCACGGGUGAUGCUGUGUAAUUGCCUCUAAUCCUGCUGUGGUUUCCAGCUGUGAACGCCACCUCUCCUCUCCUUCGCUCAUGCUACAAACAGCCAACCUGCGCAUUUAUUCUGCACAUUCAUGAUGGUGUCGCUGCUGGACUACAAUGAAAAAUGGCCCUUAACAUCCACCGUACACUUACAUAAUAUUUAAUAGGCUACAUGUGAACGGGCGCACUAAAGCGACCAAGAUGGGAUGCAUCAGGGCUUGUUUGCAGAAAAUAAGACGCACAGUGAAGCUGGAGCGGUUCAGAGAGCUGGGCCGACAGUAUCCAGUCUUCUGCUUUCUGCUGCUACUGCUGCUGAUGACCACUGUGCUUUUAAACAGAUAUAUUCACAUUAUGAUGGUGUUUUGGUCCUUCCUGGCUGGAGUCGCCACUUUCUACUGCUCUUCGGGGCCCGAGUCUCUACUGCCAAAUGUCUUAUUCUCCAUCAAACCAAAAAUCAAGUCAUACCAACAGGAGCUGUUUCCUCUGGGCCACAGCUGCGCAGUCUGUGGAAAAAUCAAAUGCAAAAGGCACAGACCUACUUUAUUACUGGAAAACUAUCAACCAUGGCUAGAUCUGAAAGUUCCCUCUAAGGUGGAUGCUUCUCUUUCAGAGAUUCUGGAGCUGGUUCUGGAAAAUUUUGUGUACCCUUGGUAUAGAGACAUCACGGAUGAUGAGGCAUUUGUUGACGAGCUCAGAGUGACUUUGCGCUUCUUUUCAGCUGUGUUGGUGCGCCGAACUCAGAAGGUGGAUGUGGCAUCGCUCAUCACACAAAAGCUUCUUAAAGUUUCCAUGAAACACAUUGAAAUAAUUAGCAAAGCAAGACAGAAAGUCAAGAACGCAGAGUAUCUUCAACAAGCGGCCCUGGAGGAAUACGGUCCUGACCUCCAUGUAGCACUCCGCAGUCGCAGAGAUGAACUCCUCUACCUCAGGAAGCUGACUGAAAUGCUCUUUCCCUACAUCCUGCCACCCAAGGCUACAGACUGCAGAUCUCUUACUCUCCUGAUAAGAGAAGUCUUGGCUGGUUCUGUCUUCCUUCCUUCAAUGGACUACUUGGCUGAUCCUGACACAGUGAAUCAUUUACUUUUGAUAUUCAUCGACAACUCCCCUCCUGAAGAAGCCACAGAGCCUUCUUCAACAUUGGUUCCUUUCCUGCAAAAGUACUCUGAUAUUCGCAACAAAAAGCCUUCUGUGCUGAAACUGGAGCUGAAGGAAAUCAGAGAGCAGCAAGACCUUCUUUUCCGUUUUAUGAACUUCCUGAAACAAGAAGGGGCUGUUCAUGUGCUCCAGUUCUGCCUCGCAGUAGAGGAGUUCAACGACAGGAUCCUGUGCCCAGAGCUGUCUGACACAGAGAAGAUGAUGCUUCAUGAGGAGCUGAAGAAGAUCUAUGAGACUUACUGUUUGGACGAGAGCGUCGAUAAGAUCCGCUUCGACCCCUUCAUAGUGGAAGAAAUACGCAACAUUGCAGAGGGUCCGUAUGCGGAGGUGGUGAAACUGCAGACCAUGAGAUGUUUGUUUGAAGCCUAUGAGCACGUCCUGUCCCUUCUGGAGAAUGUUUUCACCCCCAUGUUCUGUCACAGUGAUGAGUAUUUCCGCCAGCUUCUGAGAGGGGCCGAGUCCCCUGCCAGGAAUUCCAGGAUGAACAGAAAUAGCCUCAGUAUGGAUGACAUUCGUUCCUGGGACUGGAGCCCCGAGUCCCCGUCCUCACUGUUCACCGCCUCUGGCAGCUCUUCACCUGCAUCUUUUAACUCCCUCCAUGCCCAGUCCACGUUCACAACUUUCCCAUACGGCUCGCUAUCCCACCGCCACUCAUCACCCAAAAACACGUCAAAGAGGGGCGAGUCCUUCGGGAUCAGCCGCAUUGGCAGUAAGAUCAAAGGAGUGUUCAAGAGUACAACCAUGGAGGGAGCCAUGCUGCCAUCCUAUGGCCUAGUGGAGGGAGAGGACGAUAUGGUGGAGGAAGCCAUGAUGGUGCUGGAGGAUGACUCCCCCAUGGAGGCAGCCUCCACCCCCAGCACCCCCCGAAACCUGUCAGCCUGGAACAUCACCAUCCCGUACAUUGAUUUCUACGAUGACGAUGUGAAGAGAGAGAGGAUUCCUGUGUUCUGUAUCGAUGUAGAGCGCAAUGACCGGAAAGCAGUGGGACAUGAGACUGAGCAUUGGUCUGUGUACAGAAGAUAUCUGGAGUUCUAUGUCCUUGAAUCAAAGCUCACUGAGUUUCACGGCUCAUUUCCAGAUGCACAGCUGCCUUCGAAGAGAAUCAUCGGUCCCAAGAAUUACGAGUUCCUCACAUCGAAGCGGGAAGAGUUCCAGGAGUACCUUCAGAAACUUUUACAGCAUCCAGAGCUGAGCAACAGUCAGCUCCUGGCAGACUUCCUGUCCCCUCAUAGUAUGGAGUCUCAGUUCCUGGACAAGAUGUUACCUGAUGUGAACCUGGGGAAAAUCAUUAAGUCAGUUCCCAGCAAACUGAUAAAAGAGAAAGGUCAGCAUCUGGAGCCUUUCAUCCAGUCCUUCUUUAACUCCUGUGAAUCUCCCAAACCCAAACCCAGCCGCCCCGAGCUCACCAUACUGAGCCCCACCUCUGAAAAUGACAAAAAGCUCUUCAACGACCUCUUCAAAAACAACGCCAACCGAUCAGAGAUGGCUGAGAAGAGACACAAUCAGAAUUACUUCAUGGAAAUGAUCACCGUCGAAGGACUGUAUGACUACUUAAUGUAUGUAGGCCGAGUCGUCUUCCACAUCCCUGACUGGAUGCACCACCUGCUGAUGGGAGGCAGGAUCCUGUUCAAGAACACACUGGAAGCCUACACAGAUUAUUACCUUCAGAUCAAACUGAACCAGGUGGUCCAGGAGCACCGGCUAGUCUCGCUCAUCACCCUGCUCAGAGACACAGUGUUCUGUGAGAGCAGUCCGCCCCGCUCGGCUCAAGACAAGCAGAGACGGGCCAAGAAGACAUUUGAAGAGAUGAUGUCCUACAUUCCAGACUUCCUCGGUAAAUGUAUUGGGGAGGAGGCCAAGUAUGAAGGAGUGCGCCUCCUCUUUGAUGGACUGCAACAGUCAGUUCUCAACAAACAGCUCACAUAUGUGCUGCUGGACAUUGCCAUUCAAGAACUGUUUCCUGAGCUUAACAAGCAGGUGCAGAAGGAGACCCCUGUGAUGGCUCCAUGGAUGUAAAAUAACACUUGGACAUAUGGACAUGAGCAAACAUGCUGUAACGCUUUAAGCCCUAACAUCUGCAGAGACUUUGGUUGGUUCUUUUUCCUGAAACUAACAUGGUGAUCACAUGUACAGCAUCUGACCUGGAUACACAGGUCAGCAAGAAGAGGAAACAAGAGACUUCUCCUGCUGUAUGUUGUGUCAUUUACCUGCAAAAUAAAUUAUAUAGAUAAAAUAUAUAACCUGGUCCUUGUGUGAUUAGUCUGAACUAAAAAAACAUGUGGAAGUGUGAAUCUCUCUGACAGAAGUUAAUUGAUAUGUGACUGUAAUAAAUUACUAAAUUAAUGCCUGUUUAACACUGUGAUACUGUGGAGCACAGUGCUGCCCUACAAAGCCUAACUGCAGUAACUAUAUUUUUGGUUGAAAUUGAGUUUUAAGUAAAGAUCAACUCCUUGAUGUUUGUUUUAUCUUGUGACAAAGUUUUCGAUUUAAAUUUUGCUUUAAUUCAGAGAAAUAAUGAUAUAAAAAUUGCAGUAACUACAUAAUCCAAAUCCAAAUUUUAUAGGGAAAUUAUUAUCUAGAUCAGGGGUCUCAAACUCAAAUUACCUCGUGGCCGCUGGAGGCAGUAUUAAAAUGACCAAAAAAAAGACACAUAAUUACUAAAAAAGGACACAAAAUGACAGAAAAAAACUAAAUUACUUAAAAAAAGACACAAAAAAGACAAAAUGACCAAAAAAGACACAAAAUGACAGAAAAAAAAACUAAAUUACUUAAAAAAAGACACAAAAUUACCAAAAACAUACACAAAAUGACUGAAAAAACACUAAAUUACUUUAAAAAAGACACAAAAUGACCCCAAAAAUACACAAAAUGAUCCAAAAAAAUACACAAAAUGAUCAAAAAAAUACACAAAAUGACUAAAAAAGUCACAAAAUGACUAAAAAAAGACACAAAAUUACCAAAAAGACACAAAAUUACCAUUAUUAUUAUUAUUAUUAUUCUUUUUUUAAACGUCGUCAUAGAAACAAGUGAAACAAAGGUCCAGCUUACGCAAUAUAGCGACCUUCCACACACAAAACCGUAAAGUGCCAUUCAUAUAAAACUUUCAUAGUGAGUUUGAGACUCAUGAUCUAGAUAGUGAUUAGGUAAAAAAAAGUGAGAUAAAAUUAUAUUAAGACUAAAAUAUAACAUUUCUUUAUAAUAUUAAGUCUUAAAGACACAAAUAUUUGAGUAGAGUUGUUAAACACUUUUAAAUAAAACUAUAACAAAAUCAAUUUGAAAAUGUUUAUUUGUUUACCUUUUACAGCAAAACCAGAGUGCAGUAACUACAUUUUUGGGGUCAAAGGUCAAAUAAAUCGUCAUGACUUUUUAGCAUAAAAAUUACAUCAUCAAUACAUGUAGAAAUAAGUGUCAUAUCACUUAUCUACCUAUAACCCAUUUGGCUGGCCAGUUAAAAAAUGUUAAAAAAAACUUUAAAUCAGUUUUUCUCAGUUUUACCCUUUGGGUAGUUACUGCAGUUAGACUUUGUUGAGCACAGUGGUACUGCAACAUGUCUAUCGUGUCCCCCCUAAUAUGAAAUUAUCAAAAAACAUAAUUUAAUACAGGACUAUAAGUUCUAUAUAAAAUUCAUGACUCAUUUUUAUGAAUUGUCAUGAUCCCAUUUAUUUAUUCUUAAAAAAAAAAAAGAGAACCUGAGAAAGUGUCGGUAACACUUUACAAUAACUAACUAA